AUGACUUCUUCACGUAGCUCAAUGAUUCUGCUCUGCUUGACCUGCACCUUCUUAAUUGUGGAUGCUGUAAGUCAAGGCGGCUAUCAGGCCCAGUGCAAACAAUUCCAAGCAACAGCCCCAGGAGAAAACAUUCAAUGCCCCAAUGCUAAUAAACCAGUGUGUGGCACAAAUGGCCAGACUUACAAGAACCUCUGUGAAUUCUGCAAGGCAGCUAUGGAAGGGAAUGGGCAGAUUGGCUACAAACAUGAUGGAAAAUGCUAA